AUGACGGUGACGUCGCUGCGGUGGCAGACGGUGCACGUGUUGAGGGUGGAGAGGAAGCGCGUGCCGAAGGCGGCGACCGCGGCGGCGGCGGCGGCGGCGGCGGGGGGCGAAUCGAGGCUUCGCGCGAGGAAGAAACGAAGGAGACGCGACGGCGGCGGCGGCGACGACGAUUUCGACGACGCCGCCGCCGAACGCCUCCCCGAGACGACGGAAUGGGAGGAGACCGCGUCGUUCGCGACCGCGCGCCCGCCGCUCGGCGCGCACUGCGCGCCGGACGACGAAGAGCCUCUGCGCGCGCAAGACGCCGCGGAGAAGGCGUGGCUGGAGCGCGCCGCCGACGACGACGCCGACGCGAACCUCCCGCACGCGUUGCCGAUUGAAAACGCGGUCAAACUUCGAAAGAUUCACUCGGUCAACUCGCAGCUGAACCUCGCGUCCGCGGGUCGAAACCCGUCGUUGGGCCCCGCCGGGGUCAUCCCGUGGUCCUCCCCGGACUCGAAGAUGUUCACGGGGAUAAAACAGAAGCUCAUGACGCGCGUGCUGCUCGAGGCGCUUCGGAAGGAUCGCGAGGAGAAGACGCGGCGGCACGUCUCCGCGUUUCGCUCGCGGUAUUGGCGAUACGCCGAAUGGCUGUGCAUCUGGCACGCGCAACUUCUGGACGAGCGGAGGAUAUCGCUGCGGUUCGGCGCCGCGGAGGACGUCCUCUCGUGGGGGCAGAAGCACGGAAGAAGAGGCGGCGGCGGCGGAGGAGGAGGAGGAGGACAGAGCGGCGACGGCCCGGAGACGGCGCUGGUCGCCGUCGUGGACUGGGUCACCGGCGACGUCUUAUCGGACGUCCACCUCGACGCGGGGCCCGGCGCCCCCGCCGCUCCGUCGCCGUGGCCGUCGCGCGACGGCGGCGACGGCGCGCCGCCACCGGAGGGGACGCUCUGGCAGCGGCUCGCGGCGGGCGUCGGCGGCGUCGGCGGCGUCGGCGGCGGGGAGCGUGGGGGGGGCGACCCGUCGACGCCGUCGCCGUCGCCGUCGCUCGCGGCGCCGCACGCGCCGAACGGGCACUGGUGCGCGUCGCCGUACUACGACCACAGGUUGUUCGCCUUCGAUCACAAGUCCGCGUCCCCGGACGAGCGCGCCAGAGCCGCGGUGGAGAGCUCCACGCGGUUCGCCGCGGGGAAAGCGCGCGUCGCGCGCGUCAAGGCGAGGUUGGCGCGAGACGAAGAGGCGAAGAAGAUGAGGCGCAAAAAAAAUGAAAACGCAGACGCCGCCGACGAUCACGACGACGACGCGUCCGCGAGUCCGUACGGCGGCGGGAGCCACGGCGCCGCCGGGUCGGUGCGCACGGUCAGGUUCAAGCUCGCGCUCUCGGCGGAGGCGAUCGCGGGGAUACACGCGCGGCAGAAACGGAGCGUCACGCACGUGUUUCAUCCGGUGUUUCCGUUCGCCAUGUCGACGUCGCACGCUUUUAUGCAAAAUCCCUGCACGUCGUUUCACCUGCGCGACUGAUGAGACCGGAGGGAGGAGGGUGGCAUGGUGGCGGAGGGUUUAGGGUUUGGUAGUUCUUAGGGUUUUUUUCAUGGAACGGCGACGCGGACGCGUCGUCCGUCUGUCUA